AUGGAGUUGGCGAUGAGCCAGCUUCCGAGCUUCCGGGUUUGGCGUGCUUGGAAGUUGGAUUGGGAUGUCGCAUUGUCGUGGCUGCAAUACUGCAGUCAGAAAUUCAGUUCAUACAUGCGUGCAGGAGGUCAAGGACCUGCUGCUUGUCCAAGUGCAGUCAUUGAGAGAGCUGCCGCCUCUUAUGUAGGAUUGUGGCAAGAUUCUGCCAGAACACUGCCGGGAAAUUUAUCUUCUGGCCCGGAUGGCUUGAAUUCCCUCUCCGACCUCGUUGGGUUUGCAAAGGCAGACUGGAAUGGUGUCCGGCCAUCCAACAAUCACUUCAUUCAGUACUUUGCCGAGCGAUACUUCGAUGUGGUGAUGUGGUGUCUGCAUAAGUCGCCUGCAGGUACUCGUGCUGUCCUUGUUUUUCGUGCUCCUCCUGCCAUACGUGUCAGCCAACUUUUGCCAACGAGGACGGCAGCUGCACCCGCGGUCGAGGAGGACACCCGCACUGCAGCCAGCAAUGCGCAUGCCUCAGCGCCCGUUGGCGAUGUGAACUUCGAAGACGAUGAGGAGCAGGACUCCAGUCCUUCCAAAGAGCCUUCGGCACCAGCAGAGCCGGCCACCAAGCCGCCUCCUGCCAGCGACGCUGCGCCUCCGUCAAACGGGGAGGUUGGCAUCGGCAGCCAGGUGGAGAUCAAGGGCUUGAAGAGCAAACCCGAACUCAACGGCCGCCGCGCUACAGUCAUGUCAAAGGAUGAGGAUGCCGGCCGGUUUGAGGUGAAGCUCGACGGCCCAUCAGAUGAUCGAGUCCGAUGCAAGCCGGAGAACUUGCAAGUGGUCCUGGCAAAGACCAGUCCCAAGAAGGCCCAAGGCGAUGCAAACUUCAAGGAGGGUCGCUACGACCAGGCUGUCAGCUGCUAUCGCGAAGCAUUGCAGGAAGCCAAAGACGACACCGAGUUUGCAGCAACGAUCCAAUCGAACAUCGCCGCGGCAUUCGCGACCAAAGGGGAUCACCAGAAGGCCCUAGAGGCUGCCAACGAGGCCAUCCGCUUGCGCCCCGACUGGGCCAAAGCCCACUCUCGGAAGGGCUUCAGCUUGCAAAGGACUCAGCCUUGCCGAGAGCACUGCUUUCUCGACGGCUACACAAUGCCACAGGUGCAGAUGCCACUACCGGUUUCCUGCGGGGGUCAGGGCGGCACUUGCGGCGCAGGUUUGCUCUCGCUGGUGGAGAAUCUGCUCGUACAGAACAACAGGCGUGACAGAGAGGAGCUACCAGCAUUGUGCAGGCUCUCGUCACUUAUCGUGUCCGCAGACGAUGGUGGAAGGAUCUUGGUAUCCCCUCUUACCUUGUCAGGCAGCACUGCAUGGUCGCCGUGUUGGAUCCUUCCCGGGGCUUCCGAACUGGAGACUGCCAAGUGGCCUUUCGAGACUUGCGGCCCGCAUUUGAACGGCCGCACGGUGCACGUUUGCGAGCACCGGCGCUACGGUCACCCCUGCUUCGUGCAGCCAUCGGCUUCGCAGGGAACCAAGGAACAGAAGGACAAGCUGACUCUGUGCGUCCGGCUGGACGACCCGAUCCCUGAAACUGGGCUGCAAGAAAGCAAUUCGCUUGUAGCCGUGACUGCGUUCGAACCGGGGACCAGUCACUACCGGACCACGCAACCGCCCUGCUGCUUGAGCCCAGUGAACUCGACGGCAGUUAUGGGAUACCCCAAUCUCAAUCGGGGCCUUGACUUGAAGUGGCACUGCCAAGGCCAGGCCAGGAUUGUAUUCCAGGGAUUGGCCGACUUCUUCGAACCUGCAGGCAAGAUGCCCAAGAUAUUGAAUGCAACAGUGGAUGACUUGGACGCGGCGAAAGCAGAGCUUAAGGCCCUCAUAGCCAAGGUCGCCAAAGCAGGCGCUGAGGCCCAAGAGAAUUGCCAGCCGGCCACGCGUGUGCAAAACAAUGUGGACGACCUGAAAGAAAUCGUUAAGCAGAAUGCGAAGCAGGCAGCAGAGGCAGUGUCGAGGCUUCAACAAGCCGGACAGGCAGACUUGGAGACUGCAGUAGCAGACUUAAAGAACGAAGUGUUGGGGGCGCUCGCCGAGGAGGAGGAAGCACGCACCAGCGGGCAAAGCCAGCUCGAUGGACAGAUCCAGCAGCUGGACGAAGAUGUGCGCAGUGCCUUCGCGGAUGAGCUGACGUCCCUGUGCGCAAAGAUUGAGGAGGAGUUUGCCUCACUUCGCCAGGACCUCACGCAGCUGAUUGAGACCAAGACGAAGGAGGUUUCAGAGAAGGCUUCCAACAUCGAGGCCCAGUUGACAGCUCAGCUCUCCGAGUUCCGCCAAGAGGCAGCAAACAAGGACGCGGAGAUCUGCACGAUGCUCAGCAGGAACCUGGAAGCAGCCGUCGAAGCUGAGGCCCAGGUCGACCGGCAGAUGAAGCAAUCUGCUGAGAAAGACCGGAAGGAGCUGGACGCCGAGGUUGCGCGCUUGGAUCAGCUACUCGCGGAAUGCCGCAGCACAGCCGCGAGUGACACGCAAGCAUCCAGAGACGAGGUGUCACAAGCUUUGACGGACUUCAAGACCGAGUCCUGGAACAGGCUGGCACAGAUGGACGAUCGUGCAGACCAGCAUCAGGAUUUCCUUGAGAUGCUGGACCAAGUCCUGGCCCGGCGUGUCGAAUGGCAUUUGAAGGGCGCGAGCUCUUUGCUGCCACUCAGCACGCCAGGCAACCGCCCGGAGGCGGACUCUCCCUCCUCCACGCUUCGACAAAGAAGUUACUUCUCUCCCAAGUUCGCAGCAGCUGGCUGCAGAGAUCUACAGCUGGAGCUGCGCGUCUUCGUGAGAUCUGGGAGGCAUUCCGCGGGCCCCGACAACUGCAGCCUGUACCUGUGGUGUCCAAAAGGCGUGCAGAUGCACCUGCGCUUCUUUGUGGGCGAAAAGUGGGCCACAAUGGAAAAGUCGCCAGUGUCCGACGGCCCUGCAGGCGCACGGAAGAUGGGUCUGCUCCAGGACCACAUCAAUGAGGAUGACUCGCUCCACGUCGGUGUGGAGAUAUUGGAAGCCAUCAAGGAGGUCAGCCAGGCAACUGGCGAGACCUCAGCUCCAGUCGAACCUCUGCAGGGUGCAGAGGAGAGCACCCGGAAUGUGUACAGCAACGGCGUGCUGUCCUUCCAGCGCCAUGUCAACCAUCGAGUCUUAUCCCAGGUGAGGAAGGAGGUUGACAAGAUGCAGUGCAAGAUGGUGAAGCGGGUCGAAUGGCUCCUAUCCGAAGUCGACCAGCUUCCCAGGCUUUUCCCCCAUGACCAGCCCGUUUGCAGCCCAGUUUUCUCGGCCGCCGGGAUCGAUGGCAUGCAGUUCAUCUUCUACCCCAUGGGCUAUCGAGACUCCACCGAGGGCUUCUGCUCCCUUUUCCUGUAUUGUCCUGCUGGAGUGAACAUCAAGUGCAAUCUCAAUGCCGGCAGCCAGAAGCGAGAUGCUAGCAAUCACUUCAGGGAAGCAGGCGCCUUCGGGCGUUGCAACUUCUGCAGACUGGACAGUGCUGUGGAUUCGGACACGAACACAGCUCUCCUAUACCUGGAGAUCGAUGAGGUGAUACAAGAGAGCAAAAAGAGCUUGGAGGAGGAAGGCAGGGGAGGCAAGAAGCCACCUGCCCUAGAGCUGGAGAGCGCAGCUCCCCAAGCUGCAGGUAGUGUGAAGCUCACGCGAAUCGGUAACAAAGACUACUUGACAGAGGUGCGGCGGCUUCCAUCCAUGUGGACGGAUCAGAAGCUGGGGGAUUUUGUCAAGAAGCCAGAAGGCUUCCGGAAUUUCAAGGAGAUGAUAGGGAGGCCUGCCCCAAAGCCUGUGCCUCCUGCGAGUGGAGGGAAGCCUGCCGAGAACACGGCGGCACCGCAAAGUGGAAGAGCUCCGCCAACGCCCGGAGCAGCUCAGAUGGAGUCAGCCCGUGCUGCUUCAAUGCCUGCGCUACGUUCAGACCGAGGGCUCGCCGACAUGGCAGGUCCGGACACAUUGCCUCUCCUCUGCGGUCCUCAGGGUGAGUUUGGCAGUGAUCAGGGCUACGGUUCUCCCAUGCUCUGGGCAGGCAAGUCGCGCAAGCCUUGCCCCUUGGAGCAUGGGAGCUCAGCGCUGAGCGCUAGCUUGUCCUGCUCGCAAGUCCUGGCGAUUGCACCAGCCCAAAUUCAAAGGUUGGUUGAGGCGCAGAAGUCGCCGGAGGAGGAGCAUCCAACAGCCACCGGUCGAAAUGGAUUCCAGCACUCCGCAGUGGGCGAUAUCACAGCUGACCAGGUGUGCAGGAGCUCGCCCCGGGAGAUGAGCGGAUUUUGGGUGAUGACCUUUGUGGUGGCCAGGCAAGGGGACCUGGUUAUCCUGGGCCGCGGUGUCAGCUCGCAAUACCAGCUGUGCUCUGCAGUGAUCAAGGAAGUGCAUGCAGAUUUCUGCAGUGUGGCCGUUUUGGAUGCCUCACGCAGCUUUUCCAUGGGCGAGUGCAUCGCCAAGUUCCGCGAGGUAAUUCCAGUUCAUCAGGACUGGCGUGUGGGAACUCGUCUUGUUGUGGGCGGGCUGCAGAGCAGCCACAUGAGGCACCUGAAUGGGCUUUACGCGCGUGUCUGCCCUCACAAGCGAUUUGGUCAUCCCUGCUUGAUUCAGAAGCCCUCUGCGGCCAACGGGGCUUUGUGGCUGACUCUUUGUGUCCGAUUCGAGGAAAAGCCUCUCGAUGCCCGGCACACCGGCGAGCAGUGUGUCGACACUUACACGGAGCACCUCCCACCGAAGAGCUUCGGCAUGAGUUGCCAUGAAACAAUCGUCGCUGAGCUCCUCUCGUUCCACUGCCUCGAGUAUCAGUUACCAGAAGUCUGCUUCUCUGCCUUCGUCUUCGAGUGGAAGGUCGGGUAG